AUGGCCCGCAAUUCAACCCUGCACAUCGACAUCUCACGGCUUACUCUGCAGCCUCAGGUCCCCGACGAAAGAAGCACUAGUCCAGAAUCCCCAGGGUACUUCCGACCCAGAGAGGAGUCUAGCUUCUCGUUCACCAGAAAUGGUUCUCAGUACCUGGCUUCCCCUUGCUCCGACAAGACCAUCUCGGCCACGAUGACCCCUCACCCUUUCAAAACGCAAAUCCCACUGCCCAUGUCACCCCACCAUCCUAUCAAGGAUGAACGGAAAAGGCUGAGCGAAUACGGGUCCUCGACCUUCAAGCCCAAAGGCGAAUCGACUUACCAAUUGUACCUAAACCACCCCUUCACACAGCAAGCACAGCAGCUCUCGCCCGAGCCCCAGCAGACGUAUAUCAGCAAGUAUGCCCAUUACACUGCCGGGAGCCAGAAUGUGGACCGUGCCCGCAGCAUCUGCGGCAUGAAGCCUUCGACAACGAUGGCGCUGUCGAUGAUCGAGGACAAAAAGACGGCAUUCCAAUACCCCCCUUCCCGCAGAGAUAGCCUAGUCUCGCCUCCACCACCCCCUUACUUCCAUUCAGACCACGGAGUCUGUGCCUUUACUCUAGACAAUAAGCCCUCGCUUUCUGAUCCCAUGAUCACCCCAGCGUCGCUCGCAGCGAGAAAGCGUAACUCCUUACCGUUCUUCUCAGCCUCAACAGCAGCCUCGAUCUCAAAUCCAGCGGUUGUCAGAACGGCCAGAGAGCUGAAGCGGCACUCUCUUCCAGCGACGGGUUCGGCAUCUGCAGGCGCGUUGCAGUGGCCUUCGGCCAUGACGAUGACCAUGGCGGCGGUAACGCGGCCCAAACUCGCCAGGACCGUGUCUCCAAAACCGAUUUCGAUCUUCUAUGGUAGCAGUGGUGGUGAGAUAGGGAGUCCGCUGGCUGCGAGUACGCCCACAGCUAUCUUCACGCCUCACACCUCUCGGCUACUGGAGAAGAGCGAGGUCGACACGCUCUAUAGCUACAAGAUCUCGGAGGAUGGUUGUGGGUCGCUGAGAUCUACUGAUAGUGGUAUAGGCGCCGACCCUCAAACCAGGAGUGCACAACACGCAAAUUUGAAGUGGACAGGGGCAUCUGCUGCGGACAAGCAGGGGCAAUUCCCGGGAUACUGGCAGGAUAUGAAGGAACAUCGAAUGCAUUACUGGAUAUUUGGGUCCUUUGGCGCGAUGGCGAUCGGCGCUGUAGUUUGGAUCUUGAUGAUGCCAGCUCUCUUAGUUUGGGCUGCGGUCGUGCCUGGGGUCGCGUUCGCGGUUCUAGGAGCUCAAUAUACGGGAUACCGAUGGCGGCGCCGCAUGCACCACAAGCAGCAACUCAAGCACCAUCUGCCAUCUGCAACGGCUGUCAGCUCCAUGCGCGCCGCAUCCUCUGUUCUGCUGAACUCUUCCUCAACCUCCGCACCUUCUUCCGGAUUAGUCCCUCACCACUACCAGACGAACCACGCCCAUCGAUCCUCGGACGGAUCGAUGCACACGUCUGUGGGCUCGAUCGGCAGCGACUCCUUUCUAGAAGCGCACCAGUCUUCCCCGCCCCACAUUCUCAAAGCCCAAUUCCAGCACCAGUACUUCCGAUCCUUUGGUUCUCCUGUCUGCGGAUCUCCAUCGGAGUUCGCGGACGGCUACCAUCACCAAGACGGCCAAGAGUCUCCCACGCCGGCGUCUCAUCCGUCAUGGCACAGUCUGCAGAACCACCCGACGGCGACGCUCGCUGGUCAUAGCCAGACCCACAGUGACGUUCAGAGGCGUGCAAGGACUAUGCAGCGUCAGGAAUCAACUUCGUCCAUCGCGUCUUCCGAGACGGUGUCGUCAUCCUCGACGUCAUCCGAGAUCAGCUCUUCCACGCCCGUGUCCGUGUCCACGCCGUGGGUCCAUCUGGGGAACUCGCCCGUGAUGCCGCCCCCACCGGCAUAUGUUGCAAAGGACUGUGAAGAGAUGGGGAUGAUGGUGGAUGAGGCGAGUGAGGCUGUGCCGUCGGACGACAAGGCCGUGACCUUGCCCGAGAUCGCGCCCGUGGGCGACCUGUUCUCGGAGUUUGCUAUCAAUUUUGAGUCGAUGCGUUUUUAA